AUGAACGGGUUACAACUUCGCGACGCCAUCUUUAAACGGGAGUACGGCAAUCCAUAUCUCUCUCCGAGAGGGAUGCAAGGUUUAGUUGUCAGUGUGGUCUUUACAUCGCUCGCAGCUUCCUUCGUUGGGAUUCGCCUAUAUACGCGACUCAAAUUCCUGAGGCGCCUGGAAGCCAAUGACUGGAUGGUUGUCAUCGCACUGAUCAGUUCUUUCAUCUUCAUGGGCUUGGACAUCGUCGAGGCUACGAGUGGCAUGGGAAUGCAUCUCAAAGAUAUCCCACCCAAUAUCCUUGAGAGACAGCUAAAGGCCUUCUGGCUCACGAUCCCCUUUUACAAUGCCGCCGUCCUCUGCGCAAAAGCAUCCAUUCUCAUGCAAUACUUCCGCGUCUUCCCGACUCGACGUAUGCGCAUCGUCUGCUGGGUAGUGAUCACAAUUCUGGGUGUGUAUGGAACUUGGUGUAUAGUCAGCGCCUUCUUAACUUGUAUACCUGUGGCCAAGUUCUGGAACCCUACACUCCCCGGCUUUUGUUUGAGCAGGCCGGGUCUAUGGUUUUCGAAUGCCAGCAUGCACAUCACUACUGAUUUGGUCAUUCUGAUUAUUCCUAUUCCGGCUUUGAUGGCCAUUGAUAUCCCAAAGAGGCAGAAGAUUGCUUUGAUGAUUAUGUUUGCUUUGGGUGGUUUUGUCUGCAUUACCAGCAUUGUCCGUUUGGUCAGUCUCAAGAAGAUAUCCGACUCAACUGAUCCUACUUACGAUAACGUCGGCGCUGCCUCAUGGUCCGCCAUCGAAUGCAACACCGGCAUCAUCUGCGCCUGCCUCCCAACUCUAAAGCCUCUCCUCUCCAGGAUCGUCCCGGGUCUCAUGUCCACCUUUAACGGGAGCAAGCCCACGCAGGGUGUAUCCAACGAGCGCUCAGUCACCUGGAACGACGAAUCCACACUCGGUGCACCCUGCGAAGACCCCGAGUAUGGAGCAGGGGAUCCAGAACGCGUAUUGGAGCUGUCUGCUGGAAAUAAUCUUCAGUAUGGGGGCAGGUCUCUAGUUGAGAAGAAUCAGACGGCGGAUGAUACUUCGAUUGCGGAGCUUAUGAAGCACCAGCACCACCAGCACCACCAGCAUCGACACCAGUAUAGCAUUUCGACUGGUUCGUUCCCCUUGCACAAAUGA